AUGGAGAAGGAGCUAUUCCUUAAUGGUGGUGAAUCUGGUGAUCACCUUUCUUAUUAUACUCAGCAGAUGCUUCGAAGCCAGUGUUGCAGCGUUGAAGCCUUGAAAGAUCAAGGGUUCUGCAGAUGGAACUACACCAUCAGAUCAUUACACCAACAUGCCAAGAACAAUAUCAGAUCAGUUUCUCAGUCGUCCAAGAAUUUGCUUCUUCAUCUUCUGCUGUGGUUUUCAGAAGCUUCUAAUACCAGAAAUUGCAAUAAUGUUUCUAAAGGUAGUGAUGCUAACAAGCUUAAACAAGCUGAGGAGUCUCUCAGGACUGUGAUGUACCUGAGUUGCUGGGGACCUAAUUAAGUUUUUCUAGUAGGUGUCCGUACAUAAUACAAGUUUUCAGUAUUAUCGAUAGCUGCAGUUUCCCGAGGCACAUGGAAGCAGCUUAAUAGCUUAUUGUACAUAAUGUAUGUGGAUUGUAUAUGUAUAAUUUCAGGAGAUUGUAAUUUCCCUGGAUGACUAUGUUUCUUUGUCUAAGUUAAUGUGUAAAAAAUAUAUUAUCUUGA